AUGUUGUACGGCUAUACUCCUCCAGUGCGUCGAUUCGGUCGAAAUCUCAAGACUCUGGACGAUAAAGGCAACACCAUCAUGACCAAGGAAUACCUAAAGCAAUUGUGCAAGGAGCAAAAGCUCUACCAAACUCCAGAGUUAAAUGACAAGAUAUACCUACAUUUCAAAGGAUUCACAAAGAUUGAACAUCUGGAAGCAUACACUGGACUACGUUCAUUAUGGCUAGAAGGAAAUGGAAUUGGAAAGAUUGAAAAUAUAGACACGUUGGUCGAGUUACGCUGCUUAUACCUGCAACAAAAUUGUAUCGAAGAGAUUGAGAAUCUAGACAAACUCGUUCAACUGGAUACGAUCAACUUGAGCAACAAUCUAGUAAAACAUAUCUCUGGUCUGGACAACCUACCAGCCUUGAGGACCCUUCAGCUCUCCCAUAACUUUAUACGCACUGCUGAUGAUUUGAGACACUUGGCUAACUGUCAUUUCAUCUCAAUUCUGGACUUGUCCAACAACAAGAUUGAAGAUCCUGACAUUGUAGAGGUGUUUGAAGUUAUGGAAAACCUGGCUGUUCUCAACUUGAUGGCAAACCCAGUAACAAGUAAAAUCCAAAACUAUCGUAAAACACUCAUUUCAAGAUGUAAAGGUUUGACCUAUUUGGAUGAUCGACCAGUCUUUGACAAGGAACGUUUAGCUACCGAAGCAUGGGCUCGCGGUGGUAUAGAAGCUGAACGAGAAGAACGUCAAAGACAGCGUGAUGAAGAUCGUGAUCAGAAUAUGAGAAAUUUUGAAGCUCUCAGACGAUUACAGGAAGAGGCACGAGCCCGGCGUCGUGAAAACGGAGCACUGGUUGAACCCAUCUUUUCUCCAGAACUAUCUCGCUUCCGUGACGAAAUGUUGUCCAAAGUCGACGAACCGCAACACGAUGACGAUAAUAACGAAGAAGAAGAAAUGCCACAACCUGAUAUGGCACCCGCUGCAGAGACCUGGGAUCGUCCUCCUCCAAUGCUUACGGCCAAUACAGGCGCUACAUUGCAAGAGAUUGAUGACGGUGCAGAGGAAGAAAAGGACGAUGAUCAAGUCCCACUUUUGGAAACCGUGACCGCUCAAUCUGAAGUAGACGAGACAUCACCAUCUGUAGAAGACAAAGGUAAAGCAGCAGCUGUAGAUGAAGACACAUCAGACGACGAAGUACACAACGACAACGCUAUGAAAAUAUCAGCCAUAGACGAUAUAGGUGACUACAAUAACGAAGGCGACGACGAAGGAUUCAUCCCAUCUCCACUAACUGAUCCGAUCCUGUCUCAAGGAUACCAACUCCUACCAGCUCAAAAGGAAGCCGAUCGAGAUGUAAUCCACGAAAUUGUAAAACAGUCAGCACAUACUCUUGCCGAGGAGGAAUCAGACCUAUCAUCUCCAUUGAUUAAAACCUCGAGAGACAGCUCGGUACUGGUCGACAUGAAAAAAGACGUGAAUGAUAAUUAUGUAACUGAUGAAAUGGAUGCCUUUGCAUCUUCUAGAUCUAGGUCGAAUACAGACGAAGAAGAUGAUGAACAGGUUGAUGAAAUCCCAUUAAAGGCUGUGGCAUCAACGUCAUCAAUGUCAAAACCAUAUGUACCACCGGUAUCAGCCAUUCCUGCUACACGAGUAUGGGAGCGAGUCUUGUAUGACAAUGAUGAUGAUUUUCGUCGACGUGAGGACGAUGAGUCGUCUGUAGAUGAAGAAGCUGAAGUAUAUCCCGCUAGGGACUCUGCUACGACUUUGAUUGGCGACGAGCCUGUAGUGUUUGCUAGUGGUAGUAAUAGUAAAAUUAGUGCUGUUGGUGAAGACUUGACUGCUCACAAAGUAAUCCAGAUGGUGGAGGGUGAAGGGGGAAUUAACAAAGAUAGCAAGAUACGUAAAGUUGCUAUAGUUGAGGUUGAUUCAUCUGACGAUGAAGAGUGA